AUGGCGGCGAUGGGAGUGAGGACCGUGGUCCUGAUGCUCUGCGGCUGGACACUGGGUCCAGCCGGGGCCCUGGAUGCCAUGGGGCCUCACGCUGCGGUCCGCCUGGCCGAGCUGCUGACCCCGGAGGAGUGCGGCCAUUUCCGGUCUCUCCUGGAGGCCCCCGAGCCCGACGUGGACGAGGAGCUGGCCCGGCUCUCGGAGGACCGGUUGGUGCGGCCCAAGCCACUGACUCCCGCGGCGUCGGGGCCGUGGCGGCGCCUGCUGCGGGGGCUGCGUCGGGGGCGGCCGCGGCGGCGAAGGCGGCGGGAGGCGACCACGCCCGGAGCGGAGCAGCCCGACCGACGGUCGCCGGCGCCCGGGGAGGCCUCGGACGGCUGCCGGGAGGCGCUGGCGGCCUGGCUGGCGGCCGAGGCCCCGUCCCUGUCUUGGGACCGCGUGGCCCGGGCUCUGCGGCGCAGCGGCCGCCCCGACGUGGCCCGGGAACUGGGCAAGAACCUCCACCAGCAGGCGACGCUGCUGCUGCGCAAGUUUGGGGAGCACUAUGUGCCGCCCCCCAACGCCGCCGCCCGGGCCCCGGCUCCCGCCCCGGCCCCGCGCCUCCGCCGCUCCGCCGACGCCGACGCCGCACCCAACUGGGACGAGCUGCGGCUCAUCGUGGAGCGCCUGCCGCAACCUCCCUACGCCCGGAGCCCCGCGGGCUGGGCCGGGCCGCUGGCGCUCGGCCUCCUCACCGGCUUCGUGGGGGCGCUGGGAACCGGGGCGCUGCUCACCCUGCUCACGCUGUGGGUCACCGGCGGCGGCGGCGGCGGCGAUGGCGACCCGGCGUGGCCCGGCGGCCCCGGCCCGCCCGCCACUCGCCGCCUGAGGCCCAGGUCCGCCCGAGCGCGGGGCUGCGGGGAGGCAGAGCCGCUCCUGGGCGGCGGGCGGCUGUGGGGGGGCCUGGCUGCCCGGGGCGGCGAGACGCCAGCGGAGGACCGACUAUAA